UUUAGUAUGGGAUAAAGAAUAUUGAUAAAAGAUGAGAAGGGCAUAACCAUAUAACCAAGUGUAAGACACGGCCAGGGCCGCCAGGCAGCUUAGGGGGACAACAUGCGAGGUGGUAGCAGCUGGGCGGGUGUGUUUUGGCGCGGACUGGGAAAGAAAACCUUGUAUUCAUCGUACUCAAGCCCUCCAAAGUAUCCUACUGUCCUCCCCGACGCUUGGAUUCCCAGCACCAAACACCACCGUCCUCAAUCCUCUGGAAUUUUCCCUAGUGGUCACACUGCUGCAAUAAUUGAUGGGAAAUCGAUUGCACGAGAUAUACGAUUCAGAAUAGCUAGUGAAAUACGUAGAGCGAAGGCUGCCAUUGGGAAAUCCCCCGGAUUGGCUGUCGUUUUGGUGGGUAAAAGGAGGGACUCCGAGGCUUACAUCAAUAUCAAGUUAAGAGCUUGUGAUGAAGUUGGAAUUGCAACUCUGAUUGCAGAGCUGCCUGAAAACUGUGCAGAAACUGAACUUCUUGAUGUUGUCUCAGGUUUUAACGAGGACCCAUCUGUACAUGGCAUUAUUGUGCAACUUCCUUUGCCACAACAUUUGGACGAGGAAAAGAUUAUGACUGUUGUGAGUCCAGAAAAGGAUGUGGAUGGCUUCCAUCCCCUCAAUAUGGGGAAUCUUGCCAUGAGAGGAAGGGAGCCCUUGUUCAUCCCUUGUGCCUCUAAGGGUUGCAUUGAGUUAUUGCUUAGGUUUGGUGUUGAGAUUAUUGGGAAAAAAUCCGUGGUGAUCGGGAGAAGCAAGAUUGUUGGUUUGCCUACUUCUUUUCUGUUGCAGAGGCACCACGCAACGGUCAGCACCGUACAUGCAUUCACCAAAAACCCGGAACAGAUAACUUCUCAAGCUGACAUUGUAGUCACAGAUGUUGGGAUCCCAAACAUAGUCCGAGGCAAUUGGCUAAAGCCGGGAGCAGUUGUAAUCGAUAUGGGAACAAAUUUAGUAAAGGACCCAAAUAGUCGUCGUGGAUUUCGAGUCACUGGAGAUGUUUGCUAUGAAGAGGCAAUCAAGGUGGCGUCGGCAAUCACCCCCGUGCCUGGAGGGGUGGGACCUGUAACAAUCUCAAUGCUCCUAUCUAACACGCUUGACUCUGCUAAACGUGCAUUUGGAUUCUCUUCAACAUUAAGCGGUUGUUUCUUAAAUUUAGUUUUAUAGUAACUUUAACCCAAUGCACAGAAAUCCAAAAUAUAUGAAAUCAUUAGUAUCAUUUAAUUGAAAAUUUAGAAUCUAUUGAGCAAUGUUCAUUGCUCUUAUAGAAUGAUUUGGCUUAC